CCCAUGUGACCCCACUCUCACAAACACGUAUAUGAUUAUACCCAUUCUGAUUUAAUUAGGAAUUUUGAACGCAUUUUUGCUUCAUUACAACACCAGAAAAGAAAGCUAUCAGGAUCAUCAAAUUAUGUUGUUCUUUGUAGCUUUCUUUUCUUUAACAUUCCCUUGUUUUCAGUCUCUCUAAUUCCCCUUCUCAAGUGUAAAUUUUAUAUACAUAUACAUAUGUCUAUGAAGCACAUUGAAAUGUAUAGAUUUUGCUCAUUAUAGUUUGGUUGUAAUUGUUGUGUGGACUUAUUUGUGUUGUUUCUCUUGGUUUUUUCUUCCUUGGAACAAAAAAUUGUGCCAUGGCACAAUUACCUCCCAAAAUCCCAAAUAUGACACCCAGUUGGUCUGAUUUCUCCCACCACCAAAAGAUGCAUUCUUCGUUUGCAAGUUUUGCACCAAAUAAUGCUCCCAACAAUGCUCCUUCCGCUGCCACAACGAACCCUUCUUGGGUCGAUGAAUUCCUCGACUUCUCGACGGCGAGACGAGGGUCGCACCGGAGAUCGGUGAGCGACUCGAUCACCUUCCUAGAGGCGCCCAUGUUGGAUGAGUGCCGCGGAGCGGGUGGUGCGGCAACAGGAGUUCCGGUUUCCGGUGGCAAUAAUAAUGAGUUUGAUAGGUUUGACGAUGAGCAAUUCUUGUCUAUGUUUAACGAUGAAAUCUCCAUGGGGGUUGCGCCCACCGUCUCCUCGUCGAACCCUUCCACUCCGUCUGAUCAUAACAGCAUCAAUGAUGAGAAAGAAACGCAGCCUGAUCAUGAUCCAAAGAAGCAUCACCAGCAGCAGCAGCAGCUAAAGAAUGAAUCUGAGGAGGUGGAUAGCCAAUGCAAUUCCGAAACACAGGCAGCCAAUAAUGCAGCGACAACAAACUCAUACAAUGAUCGGAUUAUUGAUCCUAAAAGGGUCAAGAGAAUCUUGGCAAACAGACAAUCUGCACAAAGAUCACGGGUCCGGAAGCUACAAUAUAUAUCAGAGCUUGAACGCAGUGUUACUUCCUUACAAGCUGAAGUUUCUGUAUUAUCACCGCGAGUUGCUUUUCUGGACCAUCAACGAUUGCUUUUAAAUGUGGACAACAGUGCUCUUAAACAAAGAAUCGCAGCCUUGGCGCAGGAUAAGAUUUUCAAAGACGCUCAUCAAGAAGCACUAAAGAGGGAAAUAGAGAGACUGAGGCAGGUAUAUCACCAGCAGAGCAUCAAGAAGAUGGAAAAUGCCGCACCAACACCAAAUGGGGACGCUCCUCCUGAGAAAGAGCAGCUUCUCAAUGUUUCCUCCUAACAGAAAUCUUUCCUUUAGGAUGGUCAAGUGCCUAAUUAAAUCUCACCAUCAUCAUGUGGCCAAGCAAGUAAAGAUAGUUUAAAUUUCUGUGGUAAAAUUAGAAAAAUCAUCAUUUUCGAUGAUUUUAGCCAUUUUCUUUGUGGCCAAGUUAACUCUUAAGGUUUUUGGAGAUCCAAAAAGCUUUUGCAUGA